AUGCCCGUCCGCUACCACGCCGACCACAUCGGCUCCCUCAUCCGCCCCGCGACCAUCUCCACCGCGCAAGCCGAAGCAGACGCCGGCAAAAUCAGCGCGGCAGAGCUGAAGGAAGUGCAAAAAGCAGCGAUCGCGGACAUUGUGCAGAAGCAGCAGCAGCAUGGCGUGCGCGCCAUCAGCUCCGGCGAGUUCGACCGCAAGUACUACUUCGGCGGCUUCCACGAGAAGCUCGACGGCUUCCGCGAAGUCAGCCCCGUGCCGUGGGAGCUGGCGCGCCUGUCUGCGGCCCCGAUUGCCGCACUGAAGAAGGCGGGCCAGCAGUAUCCCAUGGCGGCGGUGUGCGAGGGCAAGAUUCGGAAUACGAGCAGUCCCUACACGGAGAAUUGGCGGAUGCUGCGCGAUGCGGUGCCGAGGGAGUUGUGGAGCGAGUGUAAAUUCACCAUGCCGCCGCCUUGCUACUUCCAUUUGCGUCUGGGGCCGGGCAAGUGCUAUAGUCCCGAGGCGUAUGCGAAUGACGAGGAGUUCUUUGCAGACCUGGCGCAGGCGUAUCGCACGGAGAUUCAGACGUUGCAUGGGGAGGGACUGCGGAAUCUGCAGAUUGAUGAUCCUACGCUUGCGUACUUCUGCUCGACGGAGAUGUUGGAGGGUUUGAGGAGUGAUGGGGAGGAUACGCAGAAGAUGUUUGAUAUGUAUUUGAAGGCGCACAAUGAUUGUAUUGCUGGACGGCCGAAGGAUAUGCAUGUCGGCUUGCACGUGUGCAGAGGCAACUUCUCGAAAUCGGUGCAUUUUAGUGAAGGCUCGUAUGAGACGAUUGCCGAGCAGUUCUUCAAAACGCUCGACUACGACACAUUCUACCUGGAGUACGACAACCCGCGCUCGGGCGGCUUCGAGCCGCUGCGCUUCCUGCCCAAGAACAAGAAUGUGGUGCUGGGAGUGGUGACGACGAAACUGGCGGAGCUGGAAGAUAGAGAGCUCAUCAAGAAGCGAGUGCGCGAGGCGGCGGAGAUUAUUGCAAAGGGACAGGGGCGCAGUGUUGAUGAGGCGAUGCAGAAUAUUGGCAUCUCGCCGCAGUGCGGGUUUGCGAGUAUGGCCAAGGGACAGGCGGAGGGCAUGGACGAGGCGAAGAUGUUUGCCAAGUUGGAGUUGGUGCAAGAGGUGGCGAGGGAGCUGUGGCCGGACAGGGCGAAUUGA